CCGAGUCCGACAUCCGGGUGUCUGCUAGCAGCCAGCGCUAAUCCACCAAAAAAGCUCCCAAAUUAUAAUAAACAGAGGAUAAAAAUGCCGUGUGGCAAAAACUUCAGGAGAAGAAGGAACUCAUCGGAUGAGGAGGAGGAGGACGAAACCACUAAAGAAGUGAGAUCAAAGGUGGAGGAAGUAAAAGAGCUUCAGAGUCUGCGAAGAAGACAAAACGGAGUCAGUGUCACUGCCUUGCUGGUUGGAGAGAAGCUGCCACCAGAAGCAGAAAUCGAUAAUGACCCUUUCAAACUGAAGACCGGAGGAAUUGUUGACAUGAAGAACGUGAAAGACAGAAACAGAGACAUGACAGAGGAUGAGACGGACCUCAACCUGGGCACAUCCUUCUCAGCUGAGACCAACAGAAGAGACGAAGACGCAGACAUGAUGAAAUACAUUGAGACAGAGUUGAAGAAGAAGAAAGGCUUGGUGGAGGCAGAGGAACAGAAAGUGAAGGUGAAGAAUGCCGAGGACCACCUGUACGAGCUGCCAGAAAACAUUCGGGUCAACUCUGCAAAGAAGACAGAGGAGAUGUUAUCGAAUCAGAUGCUGAGCGGGAUCCCUGAAGUUGAUCUUGGUAUUGAUGCAAAGAUCAAGAACAUCAUCCAGACAGAGGAGGCUAAGGCCAAACUCAUAGCCGAACAGCGGAACAAGAAGAAAGACCAGGGCACGUCGUUCGUACCCACCAACAUCGCCGUAAACUACGUCCAACACAACCGCUUUUAUCACGAGGACUCGAACGCACCGCAGAGGCACCACCGACACAGAGAAGAGCCCAAAGCCAGGCCGCUGCGCGUGGGGGACACGGAGAAACCGGGACCGGAGGCUCCGUCCCCACCCAACUACCGCAAGCGUCCCAACAACGAGAAGGCCACAGACGACUAUCACUAUGAGAAGUUCAAGAAGAUGAAUCGGAGAUACUGAGGAACGGGAUGGUUCUCUUGUCUUUUUGAAUUAGUGCAUUUCGUAAACUUUUUUUUUUUUAGAUUUCACCGUUACCGUCAUGUCUGUGCUGUUUUCAAUAAACGGCUUUUAUUGGUUAGUCUCAAACAUAAUGUUGUGAUUAUUGUUUAUAGCUCCUAUUGUUCAACUUUAUGCAGCUUAAUUGUAUUGGAAUGAUUUUUUUUCCAUUUCACAAAAAUGCAGAGAGAUGUCGAAAUAAGAAAUAAUCCACUUCUACAUUCUCAAGUUUGUGUAAAAGUUUCAACUUCAAACUCGUUUUAUGUUGCGUUGCUCUCAUAAAAACUUUUGAUUAAAAACAUAAAACCAC